AUGGCCUCACAACCUCAUUUCGAGGAGAAGCCUCCGCUUCGCCAGCGAGGCUCCAAUGCCGUCAAGUGGGCUCUUGGAUACAACAACACCGAAGCAAACCGUCUCGGCAUUCCCAUGGUCAGCAGUCGUGAUUGGCUCCGCGGCAUUUUUGGUCACCCUGGCAGCAAGACCGCCGACUACUUUGACAGCCUCUUCCCCUUCCGAAAGUGGAUUGGCUCUUACAAUUCUCAAUGGCUCAUUGGUGAUCUUAUUGCCGGCAUCACCGUAGCUCUUGUCGUCGUUCCUCAGUCCAUGUCUUAUGCCAAGCUUGCCGGUCUCAAACCCGAGUUCGGUCUCUACUCUUCCUUCGUCGGUGUCAUGAUCUACGCCAUCUUCGCCACCUCCAAGGAUGUCACCAUUGGUCCCGUCGCUGUCAUGUCUCUUCAAACCUUCAACGUUAUUCACCACGUCAUGCGUCAAACCAACGAAUGGAGCGCCGAAGUGAUCGCCAGCGCACUUGCCUUCUUGUGCGGUGUCAUCUGUCUUGCUAUUGGUCUUCUUCGUCUUGGUUUCAUCAUCGAGUUCAUUCCUGCUCCUGCCGUUGCUGGUUUCAUGACGGGCUCCGCUAUUCAGAUCGCCGCAGGUCAGGUGCCAAAGUUGCUUGGUCUCAACAGCGUCAACACCAACGGAAACGCUGCCUACCAAGUCAUCAUCGACACUCUCAAGGCAUUGCCCAAGACAAACAUCAAUGCAGCUUUCGGUUUGCCUGCCCUUGUCUUCCUCUACUGGAUCAAGUGGUUCUGUGGCUGGCUUCCCGCUCGUUACCCUCGCACCGCCCGAACCAUGUUCUUCGUCUCGGUGCUGCGUAACGCCUUUGUCAUCAUUGUCUUCACCGCCGCUUCCAGGAUCUGGCUCGGCAACUACAGCGAUCCUAAAAAGUACCCCAUCAGCGUCCUCCUCACCGUUCCUCGUGGUUUCAAGCACAUCGGUCAGCCCAUCCUCAACACCAAGCUUCUAUCCGACUUGGCUCCUCAGCUUCCAGUCUCGGUCGUCAUCUUGCUUCUAGAGCACAUCGCCAUCGCCAAAUCGUUCGGUCGUCUUAACAACUACAAGAUCAACCCUAACCAGGAGCUUGUUGCUAUUGGCGUUACUAACUUGAUCGGUCCUUGCUUUGGCGCUUACGCUGCUACCGGUUCCUUCUCGCGUACUGCUAUCAAGUCCAAGUCAGGUGUACGCACUCCCUUGGCUGGUUGGUUCACCGGUAUCCUUGUCUUGAUUGCUAUCUACGCUCUCAGUGGUACCUUCUACUGGAUUCCCAACGCAGUUUUGUCCGCUGUCAUCAUCCACGCUGUUACCGACCUGGUCGUUCCCUUCUCCGUCUCGUACAAGUUCUGGCAGAUCAGCCCCUUCGAACUCUUCAUCUUCCUCGGUGCCGUCUUUGCCACCGUCUUCUCCAACACUGAGAACGGCGUCUAUGUCUCGGUCGCUGCUUCCUUGGUUCUCUUGCUGAUCCGCAUUGCUCGUCCUCGUGGUCGAUGGCUCGGUCUUGUUCGCAUCCACCACGGUAACAGCACUGGUCCCAGCGAGUCCACCAUCACACUUUCGCACCGUGACGUUUUCGUCCCCCUCGAGAACAAGGAUGGCAUGCGCGACCCUUCCAUCCACGUCGAACCUCCCCCGCCUGGUGUUCUCAUCUACCGAUUCGAAGAGGCCUUCACCUACCCCAACGCUUCCGCUAUCGCCGACUUGCUCAUCGAGAAGGUCAAGAAAGAGACACGUCCAGGCAAGCCUGCUUCCGACAAAUUCGGUGACCGUCCUUGGAACGACCCUGGUCCGCCCAACCCUCACCUUGUCAAGGCUGCUCGUGCUCUCGCCUGCCGCGGUCGCAAGGCUGCUAACAACAAAGGCCUUCACGAUGGUUCCCUUGUCGACCGCCGCCCCACCCUUCGAGCAUUGAUCUUUGAUUUCAGCUCGGUCGCUCACGUCGAUACCACUUCCGUUCAGACCCUUGUUGACGUUCGAACUGCAGUGGAGAGGUAUGCUGAUGCCAAGGUGGAGUUCCACUUUGCCAACAUCUUGUCUCCUUGGAUUCGACGUGGUUUGCUCGCUGGUGGAUUCGGUAUUGGUUUCCCAUCCAAGCGCAUCACCGAGAUCGCACCUGUCGUCUCCCAGCCCCAAAACAUUACCCUCUCCGCAAGCGAGUUGCAAGCACGAGAGCAAGCCGAAGCUGAACGGCGCGCUAAAGCCAUCGAACGUAUGAGCCAUAAGAGCAACAACGAUGGUCCUGCAUACCCCUUCUCCGGUCGUCCCAGGAAACCCAUGACCGAACUCGAAGCUGGUCUUGCUGGCGAUGGUGCAGCUGCCAGUCGAAGUCGGGUUGAUCUGCAUGAGGAUAUUGACGAGACUGAUCCUGACCGUAUCACACGGAAAGUUAAAAUCGGUGAUGCUCUCUACGACGUCCAUACUCUUGAUCAGGACGAACCCAACAAGGCUUCCAGCAGCAACACUCCUUCGAGGGAUAGCAUGGAGAAGAGUCUCGAAGAAGGUCACCAGCAGGAACACGCAGAUGACCGUCCUCCUUCCAGUAUCUCAAUCCCAGUUAUCUGGAAUAACGACUUGACUCCUUUCUUCCACCUCGACCUGUCCGCCGCUCUUGCUGCUGCUUCCGAAGGCUUGGGUGAAGACUCGCAGCUUUCGUCAAGAAUUGACCAGAACAACUAA